UAGGUUGGCGUAUUAGACCACGCCUCCUGGUUGUUGGAGGGGCUCUCAGCUGGACCAGUACAAAUAUGAGUCAUUUCUCCUCCAGCGAGAUCCAGACUGGAAGCUCCCUCGGGUCCCUUUGGAAAGGCAACAGCAUGAAUCCAAGUGUUUGGAGCAAAGGUAUGUAUUCUUCCAGCAACAUUUGCCUUGACGGCUGCCCUGCAGAGCGCCUCUCCUCUUUUCAAUCGGACCCUGUGCCGUCAAAUUCAGAUGCGUCUGGUGCUUCUGUGACCUUACACAAAGACAGUGAGAACAUAAAAAUGCUACCGGAGAGCGUUCAUUACAGCAGCUGCGAUGCUGGUUCAAUGAUCUGUUCCAGACAGCUGAAGCUCAAUCCAUCCAGAGAUACUGGAUAUUUAUCUGCCAGAAGGCACCCAUCUCCUGCAUCCAGUUCUUGUGGUCGACAUGACUGGUACUUAAACAGUGGCCGUCGAGCAAAGCGUGCCAGGGUGGAAAAUAUCAUCAAAGGCAUGACCGGCUCUCCUGGUAUGCACUGCACAGAUGUGAUGACAAAUCAGCAUGAGGAGGCAGACGGUAUGCAGGACAACGAAAGGAUUCAAGAUCUGCCUUUACACCAGGAGCACAUGGAAAGAAAUGGAUCUGGCAGUGUGAGAAAGCAGCUUGAUAUUCAGCAUCAGCACCUCAGACAGCUCAGAACAAGGUUCAACCAUGUGGAUGGAGUAACUGAAACUACAGACAGUACAAAGGAGGAGCAAUAUCCCACUUGGAACGAUUCUCCUGAAGCAUCUCCAAGGGACGCACGUACAAAUUCAUACAGUGAGUUUGAGAGCAGCUCGAGUAGAAAAGAUCACGGCUGGAAGAAGGUGAAGCUAUUCAACUUCUCCCAAUUCAAACCUGAGAGAACACAGCUGAUGGCAGAUGUUUUAAAGUAUGAACUGUCCAGAGCUGUCAACAGAAGCGUUGACACUAUUUUUAAACGUAUGCCACGCCUACAGACAUCGCCAAAUGACGAGAGGAAUGUGGAGACUGAUGUGCCUCUUCACUCAUCGGUUUGCAAAGAUAAUAACAUAAGACAGUCGUGUUGUGGGAACGCAGCGGUGCACAUCCCUGGUGUUCAAACUGAAGCUCUGUCUCUGGUUGUGCAAAAGCCUCGAUCGGAAAGAGCCGACAAGUCCGUCCUCCAGUCCGAAUCGAGAGCUCACCAUGGUCCAAAACCUCCGAUCCCCUUGAGUCACGACUCGGCUCUGCGUGAAGAUCAGCUGCCAGAGAAGAAUCACAACACUGCCCCUCAACAUGCCCUCGGAUGCUUGCCAGAUGGAUGCUCCGAAGUUGGUCAAGCAAAGUUUGAGAGGUUUGACGCACACUGGAAUUCGGUCAAAGUCAGAACAAAGGUCAACUCCAGAUGUGUCAGAAGCCCAGAGACUCACAGUGUGUCGGUGGAUCCCAUGUUUUUGCAAAGUCUGUGUCUCCCUCAUGUCAAGAUUGAGUCCGAUAGCCUGGUGAAGAACAACCUGUACAUGCUGAAUGAAGGUCUGACAACAAAUCAUCUGAAGAAAGCAAAGCUUAUAUUCUUCUACACUCGCUACCCGAGCUCACUGGUGCUGAAGAUGUGUUUCCAUGAUGUGCAGUUCACUCGCUGUAUCACCUCUCAGCUCAUCAAGUGGUUCAGUAACUUCAGGGAGUUUUACUACAUCCAGAUGGAGAAGUUUGCCCGACACGCUCUCACAGAAGGAGUGGCCGACGUGAGGGGUCUGACUGUGGGGAGAGAAUCAGAGCUGUUCAGAGCUCUCAACAUGCACUACAACAAAGCCAAUGACUUCCAGGUCCCUAACAGAUUCCUGGAGGUUGCGGAGAUUACAUUGAGAGAAUUUUAUGUUGCCAUUUCAAUGGGCAAGGAUCGCGAUCCAUCGUGGAAGAAAGCAAUCUACAAGGUGAUCUGUAAGCUGGACAGUGAGGUACCAGCUGAAUUCAAACAUCAUCGCUCUGAGAGAUGAGAACCAACCGGAGGACAACAUGUGCCACAGUGGUUUCUGUCACAAUGUGGACUUACUCGUGCCUUGAGCUGCAAACUAUUUUGUUUAACUUAGAAGACACUAUAAUGUAAAAACAUACAUACUGAUGGCUGAGAUUAUCAAAGGCAUCAUGAUGUAUCUUGACAUAUGUAUUUUGCUAUAUCCACCAUAUUAUAUAGCAAUAACAUAUGUUGUGCUUGUGAAGCACAGUGAAAAGUCUUCAAAUCACAAAGUGCAACACAGAACACAUUUUCUUGUUUUUGAGGAGCAUUUUUCUUUAAUAGACACAGAAAAACAAGGUCCACACCACAUAAGAAAAACAUUUUUAAUAUUCAGCAGAGCUCAUUAUUGCCAUUCAGUGUGAAUGUACAGGAUAUAUAAAAUGGAAGUUACAUUAAUUCUAAAAGGAGUUAAUCACUAUGUUGUUUAGUAUCUCAAUAGCCACAUAAACUGUAGUUAAAAUUGCAGCGUUUCUGUCACUCUUCCAUACUUACCAUGAAGAUCCAUCCACUUUCCAAAUAAUACACUGUGGCUGGCUGUCCACAGGCAAAUCAAACAUGCUCUUCAUCAGUGCUUCUGUGUUCGGUCAGAAUUGACGAUCCUUUCUUUGUCUUCAGUUGUUUAUAAUCCAGAUGUAAAUUUCUCAUGUGAAAAUUCUGGACCUUUUGCUUUGUAAGUGCAAAUUUAAAUAUAAAUUUAUUUUUAAAAACGUGAAUACAUUUGCGUACAAUGCCAUAUAUUAACUGCUGAGACUACACUUGGUUAAUUUAAAUACUGAUAUGCAGUGUGCACAUGUAGGCACUUAACAGUUUGUAAUGAAAUUCCUCAGAAAACUCAAUUGCAGCAUGCAGAAUUACCUUGCUCUAAACGGCCCAUGUGAAAAAGGGUCAAACUGACUGUAUAUUUAAAAAUGAUCUCACUAAGCAGUCGUAGUAGAUAUGUUUUUUUCUCAGAUACAUUUUGCAGCCAGUUCAGCUUUUUUCAAAGUUAAAUUGGCUUCUGAGACUUUUUUUGAAACACCUAUAAACAAAAAUAAAAGCACUUAAUUAGGAGCACUAAAUUGAAUUUGUUCUUUCAAACUACAUGAAUAUUAUAGUUAAUUGUGGGUUACAUGUAGUAAUAAUCAGCUGAAUGAAAAGCCACUGUGGGCUCUGACUUGUCAUUGAAGAAACCAACAUCUUGAGUCCCAGUGUUCACAGUACUCCUGACUUUACUUUCCAGUUGUUUACCAUCACAAAUUUGGAAAUUGAGAGUUCUUGAGAACGCCAUGAACCUUGCAACCAUUUUUGUGUUUAUUACAGUGCUCCAAUAUAACUGACUAUGUUAUAGUAACACAGAGUGAGGUGAUCCUUUUCAGUCCGAAAAUCAUGCACUUACAUUACACCCCAUCUUCACUUGC